AUGGUUGACUCCGACUCAGACAUUUUGAAUGCAAUUGAAGGAAUUGCAAGUGUAAAAUUUGAAUGGUACCAACCUAACCCUCAAGCAGUCAGACAACAUGCUGGAUACUUCCCGUUCAUAAAUAAGUCUGACAUUGACUUGACAAGGUAUGGAAUUUACAAUUCAAUUGAAACAAUUGUCAAUGAACCUUGUAUUCUUACAUGUCUCAGGAACUCUGGUCUUGUUACAGAUGAGAAGAUGAAGUAUCUUGAGUCAUGUGUGAAGACAAGGUACAUUCUCAGAGGUCAAUUGGCAAAAGUUGCACCGUUGGCAAAUGUCAAUAUCCGAGUCAACAUACCUACAGCUAAAGGUUCUUCACAUGACGACUAUGUUGUUGACAAAGACUUACCAUGGUUGAAGAUUGUAAUUGUCCACAACCACUUCAUGUUGAACGAAAGUCUUACAAACCCAUUGUUCGGAAAAGGCAAGUGCAACAUUGUCAGAGCUGUAAACAUUCUUUUCGAGAAAGGUUUGUUGGAACCAAUUCCAGAUGACAAGCUGACAGAAACUUUUGUACCAAAAGACGAAACAAACUUUUCAUUGUUAGCAAGACCAAAAGUUGUUCCAGACAAAGUUAUAGCACAAAAGAAGUACACUGUUCCAAAAGGAGUUGGAUUGUUCGGAUACCAACCUGAACCAGAAGAACUUCCAAUGAGGUUGCAAGAACUUCAAGAUGCUAUAAACAAACUUCCAUUGAGACAUCCAAUUGACGUCAAAUUGUAUUGGAGAGCAUCUGAGUUAGGUCAGAAGGUUUUAUAUGAAACAGGUUGCUUCGACGAUGUUUAUGAGAUAGCAGGCGAAGUUUCUCAGAAGAUAAGAGACUCACUUGAAUUUCCACGAACUGGACCCAUUGGUUGCGACAAGUUCGACUCAGAUGAAAAGAUAUACUAUGUCGACCUUAACGCUGCGUACAUGAGGUUC